CGGGGCCGUGGCGGCCAUUUUGUGCCUGCCUCGCCAGCCUCUGCGGAGCGGCUGCUGCGGGCGCUGCGGCUCGGGAGGGAAGCGCUCGCCCGUCUCCUGUUUGUGUAGGUCUGGGGCGCCGCCGCCAUGGGCCGUAAGAAGAAGAAGCAGCUGAAGCCUUGGUGCUGGUAUUGUAACAGGGAUUUUGAUGAUGAAAAGAUCCUUAUACAGCAUCAAAAAGCAAAGCACUUUAAAUGCCAUAUAUGUCAUAAGAAACUGUAUACAGGACCUGGUUUAGCUAUACAUUGCAUGCAGGUACAUAAAGAAACAAUAGAUGCUGUUCCAAAUGCUAUUCCUGGAAGAACAGACAUUGAACUGGAAAUCUAUGGCAUGGAGGGCAUUCCAGAAAAAGAUAUGGAGGAACGGAGGCGGUUACUUGAACAAAAAACUCAGGCAGAGAGCCAGAAAAAGAAGCAACAGGAUGAUUCUGAUGAGUAUGAAGAUGAUGAAUCUGCGGCUUCAACUUCAUUUCAACCCCAGCAAGUCCAGCCACAGCAGGCAUACAUUCCCCCAAUGGCACAGCCAGGGUUGCCUCCUGUGCCAGGAGCACCAGGGAUGCCUCCAGGUAUACCACCAUUAAUGGCAGGUGUUCCACCUAUGAUGCCUGGAAUGCCUCCAGUGAUGCCUGGAAUGCCACCUGGAUUACAUCAACAGAGAAAAUACAUGCAGUCAUUUUGUGGUGGAAACAUGAUGAUGCCAAUGGGUGGAAUGAUGCCUCCUGGGCCAGGAAUACCACCCCUUAUGCCUGGUAUGCCACCAGGUAGGUCAGGGUUCUCGAACUCAUACUAUGGUAUGCCACCACCUGUUGGUCCUCGUCCUGGAAUGCCUCCAAUGACACAAGCACAGCCUGUUACAGCACCAGGCAUUCUGAACAGACCUCCAGCACCUGCUGCAUCUGCACCUACUCCCCAGCCUCCGGUUACCAAACCACUCUUCCCAAGUGCAGGGCAGAUGGGGACACCUGUCACAAGCUCAAGUACAGCUUCCUCCAAUUCAGAAAGUCUGUCAGCAUCUUCUAACGCUCUGUUUCCUAGCACAGCACAAGCUGCGGCAGCUGUUCCAGGUCCAGUUGGUACUGAUUUCAAACCUUUGAAUUCUACACCUGCAACAACAACAGAACCCCCAAAACCUACAUUCCCUGCUUACACGCAGUCCACAGCCUCAACCACUAGCACGACAAACAGUACUGCAGCUAAACCAGCUACAUCCAUAACAAGUAAGCCUGCUACCCUCACAACAACCAGUGCAACCAGUAAGUUGAUCCAUCCAGAUGAGGAUAUAUCACUGGAAGAGAGAAGGGCACAGUUGCCUAAGUAUCAGCGUAAUCUUCCUCGACCAGGACAAGCUUCUUUGGGUAAUCCACCAGUUGGACCAAUUGGAGGUAUGAUGCCACCACAGCCAGGAAUUCCUCCACAGCAAGGAAUGAGACCUCCCAUGCCCCCUCAUGGUCAGUAUGGUGCUCAUCACCAGGGCAUGCCAGGAUAUCUUCCUGGAGCGAUGCCUCCAUACGGUCAGGGACCUCCGAUGGUGCCCCCUUACCAAAGUGGACCUCCUCGACCUCCAAUGGGAAUGAGACCUCCUGUAAUGUCACAAGGUGGCCGCUACUGAUGCUACUACACACGCUCUAAUAGGUUUGGAGAUUAAACCUUUUCUCAUCUUGUGCUGUUAAUAUAGCCGAGCUUCCGUCAAUUAAGUCUUCAUUGUGACUUUAAAAAUAAAUAUCUUCCCACAUGCAAGGAGCUAUUGGACAUUCUUAUUUUACAUGGGAAAAAAUUAUUUGGAAUAUUAACAGGAAUUUUUCCUGAUGUUGCAAUUUAUACUGUAUGGCUUCUUUUUCAUGUUUCAUCUAGGUUUUUAGAAGUGAAGUAUAGUAAAUAUGGUUCGUUAAAUUGUGAAGGCGCUGGAAUUACAUGAACAUACCACCUUAAAGGCAAGUUCUGUGACAUUAUGUUGCUAUUUGUGAAAUGAUGCCUUCACAGCACUUCAAGUGCUGUUGGACUUCAUGUCCCCAACAUAGUUUGGUGAGGGCUGUAACUGUUCCCAACUACUUGUACAUUUAAGUCUGAACUUGUAACAAUAUUUAAUGUAUUUAGAGUUACUCCUGUUUCAGGGUUUAAGCAAACUGACCCACUAAGGUCGUGUGACUUUUCUGUACUGUUAUAAACUUCAUUGUAAUAAAAGAAGAGAAAAAUUUA